UCUAUCAACGGUUCUAAGAAGUACUGUAAAAAUUUUGUAUCAUUAAAAAGUAUAUCUUUUCACCGAUCGGUCAAGUUGGACUCCCCGAGUCCAAUAAUUUGAAGUACUUUCUCUAAUGACAGCAGCUUGAUGUCACAUUUAUGAGUUCCUGAAUUAGAAAGUCUACUCUCACCAUGAUUAUCAUUUAGAAGAAAGCCUGUACUAAGUCUCAGAAAUAAAUUGGGAUCCAAGGUAGCUAGCAACUAUUAUAGGAGCAAUGGAAACAAAGGAAGAAACAAGUAAUAUAGAAGCUUUCAGUACUGAACAAGGUCCAAUAAUGAGCAGUGUAAAACAUGAAAAUGGUCUUACAUCUGCUCAUACCAUAGACCAUGAUUCCUGGCAACAAGUUGGGUUGCUGCUGGUGACAAGUUUCAACUGCGGAUACAUAUUGAGUUUUUCAAAUCUUAUGUUGGUGCCUCUGGGUUGGACUUGGGGUAUCGUAUGUCUGGUUGUUGUGGGUCUCUACACUGCCUAUGCUAACUGGCUCUUGGCUGCUUUUCACUUCAUCAAUGGCCAGAGGUUCAUUAGAUACAGAGAUCUCAUGGGCUUUCUUUUUGGCAGAGAAAUGUAUUAUAUCACCUGGGUGUUCCAAUACUUGACAAUUCUUCUUGGAAACAUGGGUUUCAUUCUCCUUGGUGGUAAAGCGCUUAAGGAGAUCAAUUCAGAAUUUAGUGAUUCACCCUUGAGGCUCCAAUAUUACAUCAUCAUCACUGGAGCAGCCUACUUCUUAUUCGCAUUUCUCAUUCCAACUAUGUCUGCAAUGAGAAGAUGGCUAGGAAUCUCUACCAUCCUCACUUUCACUUACAUUAUCAUCCUUCUGGUGGUACUAGUUAAGGACGGGAGAUCUAACAAAAACAAAGAUUAUAAGAUUCAUGGAAGUAAAGUAGACAAGGUGUUCAAUGGCUUUGGUGCAAUUUCAGCCAUUAUUGUCUGUAACACCUCUGGCUUGCUACUCGAAAUACAGUCAACUUUGCGCAAGCCAGCAGUUGAGAACAUGAGAAAAGCCUUAUAUACUCAAUACACUGCAGGGCUCUUAGUUUACUAUGGUGUAAGCAUUGUAGGUUACUGGGCUUAUGGUUCAGCGGUAUCCACAUACCUUCCUGAAGAGCUAAGCGGUCCCAAAUGGGUCAAGAUUGUCAUCAACUUUGCUACCUUUCUACAGUCUAUAGUCUCCCAGCAUAUGUUUCUUGCACCAAUUCAUGAGACCCUUGAUACUAAGUUCCUCAAGCUUGAUGAGAGCAUGGAUUCGAAAGAAAACAUCAAACGUAGAUUCUAUGUGCGAGCACUCCUCUUCUCCUUUAACACAUUCGUGACAGCAGCUUUUCCUUUCAUGGGGGACUUUGUGAACUUGUUUGGAUCAUUUACGCUCAUUCCUAUAACCUUUGUGUUCCCAAGUAUGAUUUUUCUCAAGGUCAAAGGAAAGACAGCCAAACUAGAAAAGAAGGUGUGGCAUUGGUCCAACAUUAUUCUUUUUUCUCUACUUGCUGUUGUAACCACAAUUUCUGCAGUUCGGUUGAUUGUUAACGAUGUUCAGCAGUAUAGUUUCUUUGCAAAUACAUGAAUAUAUGUAAUUCGUUACAAGUACAAUAUAUAUUUAAUAACCAAGAAUUAGAUAAAUGACAAAAUUGACUGAUGUGA